CCAAAUAUUGCUGGUGCUUAAAUAUUGGACGUUCGCACGUGUUGAUUUGCAUAUGAUUGACAGGUCGGUGCGCGCAGCACGAGUUGUACUUGGCUUAUCAGGGAUGUUGGGUGUUGAGCAAUAAAAUAGUUCUCAAUAUACUGACGUUAUGUUGAUCUGAAUGUAUAUCAAUGUAACAUGAACAUUUUAAUAAGUGGUUGAAUGCAUGUGUGAGCUCCAUUUUUAUGGAGUAAGAAACGUUUAAAAUAAAAAUUGCAUGACUCAUUCUAGAAGCGAGAAACCAGAAAAAGUAGUGCUAUAAUAAUUUCCAGAAUUCUCGCGGACGGAUACAAGUCUGAAGUUACAGUGUCGGACCGAUAUGUUUUCUAAGAUGGUGGAACUCUGAAUGUCUUGGAACUGAACAGUGUCUGAUUUUGUGAAAGAGAGGCGCUCGGUCGCCGAAACCUGUGAGAAAGGACUCGAAAAAGUUUAAAUAACAAAAAGGAACCAUGAGGACCACUGGCUUGGUUCAAAAUUUGCUCCCUCUUCUUAUAUUAUGCUCAUGGAUAUUCGACGUUACUGACGGAGCGGCUUGCAAAGGCUGUGCAUCCACAGUAUGCAUCUGUCAGGGAAGCAAAGGACUACCGGGAUCGUUUGGGUUACCCGGGCUUCAGGGCUCACAAGGUUUCCCUGGAUUCCCAGGCCCAGAGGGACCCAUGGGGAAAACGGGACCCUUCGGGGAUCAAGGCGAGCUUGGGACAGAGGGUCAGAAAGGGCUCAGAGGUGAGACAGGAGCACCAGGUUUACCAGGAGUUCCAGGCACACCGGGUUUUGAUGGUUUGGAAGGCCCUAUUGGAGAGGCGGGAUAUGACGGCUGUAACGGAACCAAGGGUUUACCCGGUCAACCAGGUCUGAACGGUCUGCCUGGAUUGCCAGGUAGUAGCGGCUUUGACGGACGACCAGGACCAAAGGGUGAUGCCGGAGAAUGGGGCCUCGUUACCAUCGGUACCCCUGGGGACAGAGGAGAGCCUGGGUUGCCAGGGAGGCAGGGCCUGAAUGGGUUUCUCGGACGACCAGGAACACGUGGUAUUGAUGGUGCCCCUGGAUUGCCGGGAAUGCGGGGAGACACGGGCUUGGAUGGUGACCCAGGAGAGCCGGGAGCUAACUCCCCUGAACUGCCUAAGGGUGAAAAGGGUACCUAUGGUGAUAUAGGUCCCCCAGGUCCUGCAGGUGCCCCUGGCUACCUCGAGGGUAAUAAGGGGUCUGAGAUCUUCAAGGGGCAAGCUGGCAUAGAAGGGCCAAAGGGUGAACCAGGCGAGAAUGGUGCAAGGGGGUUACCAGGGCUACCAGGAAAUGAUGGUUUGGCCGGAGAUGAUGGCACCAAAGGACCCAAGGGAGAACAGGGGUCGGCUGGAAGAUUGGGCAAGCGGGGGAAAGAUGGGCCGCCAGGUCCCUACGGCCUCAAGGGCAUGACAGGAGAGGACGGGCGCAGCGGUAUCCCCGGGCUCUCAGGAGAGAAGGGUCCCAUGGGAGACAAGGGCUACAAAGGGGAGCAGGGAGAUAUGGGAGGCGUGGGUAUCCGCGGAGAUGAGGGUGGUGGCACGGGUUUGAAGGGCCUGCCUGGUCUUUCCGGGCCCGUGGGACCCAAAGGCUUCACUGGUCUGGCUGGUUUCCCUGGCAAUGUUGGUCCAAAGGGAUUACAGGGCCCCCAGGGACCUCCUGGAUUGGAUGGGCUGCCGGGAGAGUUUGGAGAGAGGGGAGAGAGCAUUAAAGGAGAUAGAGGCUUAGAUGGUUUCCCUGGUUUGGAUGGUAAACCUGGUCUAGUUGGUCCAUCAGGACUAGUUGGACUCCCGGGAGAGAUCGGGGAACGAGGAGAAACCGUUUUUGGUCCAAGCGGUUUGCCAGGAUUACCCGGCCUCAAUGGGCGACCUGGUCUUCCCGGAUUUCAGGGAGAUGCUGGACUUACAGGAUCUCCAGGGAAUGAUGGGGAUGGAGUUGACAUCACAGGACCUCGGGGUGUUCCUGGAUUUCCCGGUGACCCGGGCCCAGAAGGAUCGGAUGGACCCAAUGGACAGCCCGGAGCGGAUGGACGAAAGGGUGUCCGUGGUGAUGACUGCCCAUUCUGCCCGGAUGGACUACCCGGACUGAAGGGAGAGCCCGGUGAAUCUGGUACUGCUGGUGAAAAUGGCUACCCUGGGUAUACUGGUACCCCUGGAAGGAAGGGAGACUUCGGCAACAACGGCUUGGAAGGCCUGCCCGGACUCAUGGGGGACACGGGUUUGAAAGGAUCAAGGGGAGAGCCUGGUUAUGCAGGUGUACCUGGUACUCCCGGAAGGGUCGACCUGCCCCCUAACCCUAUAACGAAAGGGUCAAAAGGGUCGCCAGGAAUGCCAGGUUUGGAUGGUCUGAUGGGUAUUGAGGGACCAUCUGGUGACAGGGGAGAUCCUGGCUCUGCGGGCCCAGAGGGACUUAAGGGUCUCCCAGGUGUGCCUGGUUUAGAUGGCCUGGACGGUAUCCCUGGGCAACGGGGAAAUCCUGGAUUGAAGGGCAUUAUGGGAGAUUUCACAGACGGAAUUCCUGGACUGACAGGGCAAAAGGGAUUUGCAGGAUUUGAUGGAACACCUGGCCGAAAAGGAAACGUUGGUGACAAGGGUGACCCAGCCCCUUUCAUGGAGAGCCUUAAGGGGUCGCCAGGUGAUGUGGGAUUGGAGGGGCUUCCAGGCAUGGACGGGCUAUUUGGACUGCCAGGCGUGAAAGGAGAGUCUGGUUUCCCGGGUGAACCUGGACGCGAAGGUGAAACUGGAGUUCCGGGAAGACCUGGACGGGAUGGAGUUCCGGGCGGCCGUGGACUGGAUGGGGAAAAGGGCUUUCCUGGCCUGAGCGGUGAUGUUGGAACCCCCGGGUUUCCUGGUGAGCCUGGAUUGCCCGGCAGGGAAGGAACCAAUGGACUGAAUGGCUUCAAGGGUGAACGUGGUGAGCCAGGUCGUCUCCUUGGUGACCUCAUUCCGGGAAGCCGAGGCACUCCGGGUCGUCCUGGGCUCAGGGGCAUAGAUGGUGAACCCGGACAGUUUGGAGAAGAUGGUAUCCCAGGGUUCCCAGGUGUUAAAGGGCCCCAGGGUGACAAUGGUCGUAGGGGCCUGAAUGGGCUAUCUGGACGCAAGGGUGAGCGCGGGGCAAUGAUCGAGGGACAGAGGGGCUACAAAGGGGAGCCUGGGGCUCCAGGAGAACCAGGACUGAAUGGUUUCAUAGGGAUCCGGGGCGAUGCGGGUCUUCCAGGACUUACCGGGUUUUCCGGGGAGAAAGGAUCCCCAGGAGAGAUGGGCGGGGACGGUUUCCAGGGGGUGCGCGGUCGGAGGGGUCCUGCAGGACCAAAGGGAUUCCCUGGGUUUAAUGGAAGAGCAGGACUCAAGGGAGAAAAGGGAGUCAUGGGGCAGUCAGGAACACCUGGUCAGAAGGGCAUUGAUGGAACCUCAGGAAACCCAGGCGCCAUAGGCCAGAAAGGUGAAAGGGGUAUUCCGGGAACCCCUGGCAUUCGGGGCCUUGACGGAACCCGGGGUAUGAAAGGAAACAAUGGGUUUCCGGGACAGGAUGGGCGUCCAGGACAGGACGGUAUUAACGGAGAGAAGGGACAACCUGGAGAUAGCGGGAUUUUUGGAUUGGACGGACUCCCUGGGGAUAAUGGCAGGCCGGGAUCGGACGGGGCCAAAGGGUCAAAGGGAGAGAUAGGGCUGUCUGUGAAAGGUCAAAGAGGUGCUCCGGGUCUCCCUGGGUUGGAUGGUAGGAUCGGGCUGCCCGGUGUGGGAGGGCAGAAAGGUCGUGCCGGUGAAAUGGGAUUACCAGGUCUGGACGGCAUGAGAGGUGAUAAGGGUUUGGACGGCAGGCCGGGGGAGGCAGGCGGCACAGGAAGGCCUGGACGGAAGGGGGACAGGGGAGAUAACGGGGUCCCUGGAUUCCCUGGGGAAAAGGGCCGCAGGGGGUUUGAUGGUCGAGAUGGGCUUCCAGGUCUACAGGGAAUGAAGGGUGUGCCUGGCCUAGAUGGGAUAGAUGGAGAACCCGGUCGUCUGGGCGAGCCCGGAGAAAAUGGCUUCCCCGGGCGACCCGGAUUGUUUGGACUGGAUGGAUUGAAGGGACCAGAAGGAAACAGGGGUCUGGAUGGUUUCCCAGGUCGGACAGGUGAGCCUGGAGUUCCCGGAUUGUCCGGCCCACCCGGACUGAAAGGGUUUGCAGGGGACGAGGGACUGCCAGGCCUGUCCGGUAUUCCGGGACUCAAAGGAAUGUCAGGUGAACCCGGUCUGCCUGGACUGCAAGGUGAACGUGGUGAAGACGUCUUCACCGUGAAGGUCAGAGUUUUUCUCUACACAGGUCUCCAGGGAAUUCGUGGAGAGAAUGGGCUACCUGGUCUGCCUGGUCGUCAGGGCCUCAAAGGGCAGCGUGGAGACGGCGGUGUUGGUGGUCUGCCGGGCUUCAAGGGUCGUCAGGGUGAAGCAGGCUUCAGCUUUGGAGGGGCCAAGGGACCCCGGGGAGAUGAGGGCUUGCCGGGCCUGUCUGGACUGCAGGGAGAGCAAGGUUUCCAGGGCCGUGCAGGUUUUGCUGGUCUAACCGGAAUGAAAGGUGAACCAGGUAUUAAUGGUGAGCCAGGACGAUACGGCCGCGAUGGAUUACCAGGCUUGAAGGGCUUUCCAGGCGACAGAGGUCUUCCGGGAUUUAAUGGUCUGAAGGGUAACCGAGGAGAGCCCGGAUUUCCCGGAGCGGAGGGACUCAGGGGUAUGUCCGGAAAUCCAGGACUUGACGGGUUCCAGGGAGAAACCGGAGAUAAUGGCCUGAAAGGUUUCAGGGGUGAUCAAGGAGAUCUAGGACCUCCAGCUAUAAUAGACCCAGGAAAGAUCAGGGGUGAAGCCGGGCUACCAGGUCUACCUGGAAGAAAUGGCGAACCUGGCGCCAAAGGCCUAAGAGGACCUACUGGACUGAAUGGCAUGGAUGGUGAGAAAGGCAACCGCGGCUUGAAUGGAGUAAAUGGAGCUGCAGGCGGGAAGGGAGUCCAGGGUGACGAAGGGCUGGAUGGGGUCAGAGGUCGAAAUGGGAACCAGGGCAGGCAGGGCAUGGACGGAGUGCCCGGGCGACAGGGUGCAGCUGGAACCGGACCUGGUAUCUUCUUUGCCAGGCAUAGCCAGAAUACAUAUGAAACUCAGUGCCCCUCUGGUACAACCAAACUCUGGGAUGGCUAUUCACUGGCCUAUGUUAUGGGCAACAGCAAGGCACAUGGUCAAGACCUAGGCCAGGCUGGCAGCUGUCUGCGCCGGUUCUCCACGAUGCCGUUCAUGUUCUGCAACAUCAACAACGUGUGCAACGUGGCUCACCGCAACGACUACAGCUACUGGCUGUCCACCCCGCAGCCCAUGACUGCCAUGAUGAACCCUGUGGAAGGGGCCCAGAUUGAGCCCUACAUCAGCAGGUGUGCCGUGUGUGAGGCCCCAUCGGAGGUGAUUGCCAUUCACAGCCAGACUAUGAGGAUCCCCGACUGUCCCCUCGGAUGGACUCCACUCUGGAUCGGAUACAGCUUCCUUAUGGGAACUGGUGCAGGAGGUGACGGUGCCGGACUGGACCUAGCCUCGGUCGGUUCCUGCCUCGAGGACUUCCGAGCUGCGCCGCUCAUCGAGUGUCACGGUCACGGCACAUGUAACUACUACACAACCUCCACGAGUUACUGGCUGGCCACUAUAGAGCAGAACGCUCAGUUUAGGACGCCAAUGUCUGAGACACUGAAGGCUGGAAAUCUGCGUAUGCGCAUCAGCAGAUGCCAGGUGUGCAUGCGAUAUCGAGGUUAAAAGGGGUGAACUUUCUUUUCUAGUCAUGCUCAUGUUCAUUUGCAUGGAAUUUUAGUGCCAAAAUGUUGAUUUAUGGAAAUAAAUAAUUGAAGUUUGAGAGGAAUUAUGUUACAAAUUAAUAUUUUGAUUUUUUAUAAGUAUUUUUGAAGAAUUUAUAAUUGGUGGUAGACUAUAUUUUUCUUGGAUUAUGUAUUUAAUGAUAAAUGCAUGAAUAAUAUGUUUGUUUAAACAUAGUUGGAAUUUUGAAAAAUAUUAUUUAAGGUGUUUUUUAUUAUCCAUGACUUUGUUCAACUAACAAGAUUUGUAAUGAGUAGUUUGAAAUAAAAUGACAAACUACCUUGCUAUCGAGUGACCAUAUACCUUCUUAAACUGUACCAUUUUGCUUUUUUAGUAUGGAAACAUUUCUGUGAUUGUUGUAGAUUCAUUCAUGUUUCUAUAUAUACGUUGAUGUAGAAUUGUUCUUCUGUUUGUGUUACAUGCUAGCUUUUAAAGGCGACUGCGUUUGCACCUUGGUUUUUCCAGCGUAGGAGAAGGCGGCCGUCAUUGUUCAUAAUGUUUAUGAAUGGUAUUCAUUGCGAUAUUGAAUUGUAAUCAUAUACUUUUCUAGGCUGAUUUCAUGAAGGUGCUAAUGUAACCAUGUUGUAAGACAUUGUAUAUAUGAUUUUUAAUUGCCUGUUUGAUAUGUUCUGUUGUUUGUACAUUUUAUAUGGCUUCAUCUUUAUAGUAAUUAAAAACAAUAUUAAAAUACUCUAGAAGUAAACAUUUUUACAAAAAAAUAUAUAAUAUUUUAAGCUUUUUGUAAACUUAUUGGUAAACAAAUAAUGUAUGAAUUUUACAGAAUUUUUGUUAAAUAAACACUGUAUAUCUAGAGAUUUCAUAAUGUAAGAAAAGUUUCUUCCAAUCUGCUCUGGAUAAUCUGUGAUGAUACUUUCCACUUUCAUAGACAAAGUUUAACAGAAGUGUUUUUUUUUAAUAACUAUAAAUCCAGUUAGGGGGAAAGUGUCCUCUCAUGUGAAAUAAGAGUGCCAGGUAGCUUUCACACCACAUUAAUAUAUUGUUUUGUUUGAAUGGAAGAACAGAUGUUUGGGUGUUGCCUUCUGUUUUUGGACAAUAAAAUAUGAUUUCUUUUGUACUGGUGCCAAUUUUAUGUAAUAUUCUUAGUAAAAUAUUCAUAAGUUAUUUUAAUCUUUAUCAACUGUAUUGCAUUCUUUUAAAGCCAGCAUUUUUGCAAAGAAGAGAGUUUUACUUUUUUGAUAUAGAUAGGAACUAGUUCAAUUUGGCAACUAAAGCAAAUAAAACGUCAGUUUUUAUAUAAAUGCUGAAUUGAAAAUCCAAACCUAUGAAUACUUUGUUCACACUUGGUCUUGAUUGUGAGAUUGUUUUCUUCUUAUGUAUGGUGAAUGAUUUUCAUCCUAUAAUCACUCAAUAGUUGUGAGCUAAGAAAUUAAACAUGUUUUUGUA